AUGGCUCCCCGCGAGGAGCUGAUUGCUUCUGCUGUGACCUUCCUUCAAGAUCCUUCGGUGGCAUCGUCGCCUAUUGAAAAGAGAGUCGCAUUCUUGCAAUCAAAGAAUUUGACACAAGAAGAAGUCGAUCUCGCUUUAUCGCGAGUGGGCGAAGACCCAGCCACCGCGGCUGCAGCAGCAAGUGCGGCGUCGGCGUCACCAGGUUAUCCCACACAGCAAGUCGCAUAUCGUCCACCACAACAGGCCCCCCAAGGAUAUGGCUAUCCUCCAUACAAUCAAUGGCAGCCUCCGCCGGAGCCCCCGAAGCGCGACUGGCGGGAUUGGUUCAUCAUGGCGACUGUUGUGGGUGGUGUAGGAUACGGGAUGUACUUUGUUGCAAAGCGCUACAUUACUCCAUUGAUCGCCCCGCCCACUCCCCCGCAAUUGGAGCAAGACAAGGAGAACAUCGAUGAGCAAUUCUCCCGUGCUUUCACUCUGAUUGACCAGCUCUCAACCGAUACAUCUGCCUUGAAGGCCGCCGAGGAGGCUCGUACAGAGCGCCUGGAUGCCGCUCUAAAGGACGUGGAGAACCUUGUUUCAGACCUUAAGUCCUCGUCGCGCCGACGAGACGACGAGACCCGUCGCAUUAGCGAUGAAGUCAAGAAUUUGAAGGAAGCAAUUCCCAAGGCCCUUGAAGGUGCCCGGGAGGGCAACGAGAACCGGUUGAAGGAACUUGGAGGCGAACUGAAGAGCUUGAAGGUCUUGUUGGGCAACCGACUGGGUGUUAGUGGCUCUGCUUCUCCCUCAGCUGGCCGCACUGUCGGUAGCUCAACUCCCGUUCCCGCUGCUACACCUCGCCCCGCGGAGGAAACUCCCUCUCCCUCCGCUUCUACCACUACUACCGCUACUACCGCUACCAACGGUAUGCAGCCGACCGUGACCCCUGUCGAGCAGGAGCCUCAACCUGCUGCCGCGUCGCCUGCGCCUCAAAAUAACGAUAGCCCCCUCUCGAAGCUUGGUCGAUCUGCUUCUAUUCCUGCCUGGCAGAUGGCUGCCGCCAACCGGUCCAAGAGCGGCUCGCAGUCGAGCCCUUCCCCCGCUGCCGACAAGCCUGCGGGCGCUGAGCAGAGCGCUCCUCCCAGCUAA